GUCCCUCCUGGCUACCGUAGGGCUAGAUGCACCUCGGCACCUCCCACUUCCGCGUUUCCAGUGUGGUGUAUUAUCUGUGUGUGUGUUGAAGGAGCGACAGGUUGUGGCUGUUCCCGUGCAAUGCUCUGGUAAUGGCUCAGCAGGCGUCGGCAGGGAGGCGCUACCUGCGGGCGUUCGUUAGCGGCUUCUUUGUUGCUGUUCCUGUCACCGUCACCGUCCUUGAUCGAUUCGCCUAUGUGGCGCGAGUGGAGGGAGCGUCCAUGCAGCCCUUCCUGAACCCAGACGGGGGGUCAAGAUGUGACGUUGUCCUGCUGAACCGUUGGAGUGUGAGGAACUACCAGGUCCAACGAGGCGACAUCGUCUCCGUCCUGUCCCCCAAGAAUCCUCAGCAGAAGAUCAUCAAGCGGGUCAUUGGCCUGGAGGGAGACUUCAUCAGGACUCUCGGCUACAAAAACCGAUAUGUUCGAGUUCCUGAUGGUCACUUCUGGAUUGAGGGGGAUCAUCACGGACACAGUCUGGACAGCAACAGCUUUGGACCGGUGUCUGUGGGGCUGCUUCAUGGUCGGGCUUCUCACAUCAUCUGGCCACCAAAUCGUUGGCAGCAAAUCAAACCAUCCCUCCCCCCAAACCGAGGACCGCUGGACACUGGGGAAGAAGAAGGAUGAAGACAUGCGCACACACAAUUUUUAUAACUAUGAUAAUAUCAUCUAAACUGAUGUGAGGUGUCCGUUGGCUAAUGUGAUUGGAAAGACAGACCACACAUUGUAUUACUAUUAUUUUUUCUAAAAUGUCAAAUUAAGGCGAUCAGAUGCUGAUUCUGAGUCCGAUUCUUCCACUACUGUUAUGUAAACUGUUCAGCUGUAUAUGGAUUGUGUGUUUUGUUCAUUUUGCCACAGUACAGUUGUUACAUGAACAAUGUAACAGAGACUCUAACCUGUGACAUUUGUGGGUUCUUUGAACCACAACCACAUAAAGAGUUAAAGUCCUGACCGAGACCUGGAACGACCGGUUGAUUACGAUAAUUGAUUAAUCAUUGAAGUCAUUUUUCAAGGAAAAUUAAAAAUAUUUUCUGUCCAGAGUCAUAAAUGUGAUGAUUUAUCUUUUGGUUUUGGACUGUUGGUUGAAUAAAACAAGACAUUUGAAGACGGCAC